AUGCGCGAGUUCAUGAACUACGUCCAGGGUGCCUUCUACGAGGCUACCGGCUGGAACCGCGACAACUCCUACUCAUCGCUCAACUCGACCGCCGACGCUCUCCUCAACUUCCCGACACCACAAGGCCUGCGCCUUACCCUCUCGUCCCUCGCAACCCCCCACUACGCGACCUCGUACCAGCUCGGCUCCGUGGGCGUCGUCGACGGCUCCAUCUCCUACCUCUACUCCUCCGUGCCCCUCCGCGCAAGCCUCACUCCGCAGUCCGACGCGGUCCCUCUGCCGGCGCUCCUCCGCUCCUACCGUCCGCUCGCCGACCUCCCCCGACGCCUGCCUGCAGCCACCCCAUACCCGCUCCUCAGCCCCGCCGCCGCGUCGCUGCUCUACGGCCGCCUCUACCUGCCCGAGUCGCUCCUCGAAGCCCUCGUCGUCAAGCGCGUGUCCCCCGCGCUGCAGCUCCAGCUCAGCGCCGUCUCGAGCAAGAACCUGCGCAACGGCGGCACGCUGCUGGGCCUGGCGCAGUACGACGUCGGGCGGUACGCGGUGGAAGGCCUGGCCUCGUCCGACGGCGGGCUGCUGGGCUUCAGGGGCGUGUACAACUUUGGAGGCGACGCGGAGGACGUACCACCACCGCCGCCUCCGACACCGGCGACACGGCCUGCGAACGGCAAGCCCGGGGCCGAGGAUGCCAAGGAGCGCAUCUACGGCCGCUUCAGCGCCGGCGGGGAGAUCUACUACGGCACGCUGAACAAGUCGGGCGGCGUCAGCCUCGGCGGGCGCUUCGCGACGCUGCCGGAGCAUCGCGGGACGCCGCUCACGGCGACGCUGACGCUGAACCCGCUCAUGGGCAACAUCAGCGCGAGCUACGCCGUCGUGGCGGGCCGGCACUGCAGCCUCGCGACAAGGAUGGACUUUAACGUGUACAGCUACGAGAGCGACUGGUCCGUGGGCAUGGAGCUGUGGCGCAAGAACCUGCUGCGCAGCGAUCUCGACCAGCAGCAGCAGCAGCAGCACCCCGCGCUUUCGGCGGAAAAUUUCCUGAAGAAGGAGCGGAGUUUUCAGGCGAAGAUGGAGUGGCGGCUGGAUGACCUUUCGCCGCCGCCGGCGCCCGAGGUGAAGCCGAGGCUGGUUGUGGAGGAGAAGCGGAAGGAGAAGCCGAGGGAACGCAGCUUUCAGGCGAAGAUGGAGUGGAGAUUGGACGAUCCUGCGACGGUGGAUGAUGGGACGACGACGGCGACGGCACCGGGUGCGGGUGCCGUGGAUGACGAGUAUACCAGCGUCAUCAAGGCGCGGAUCGAUCAGCACAUGAAGAUUGGGGUGCUGUGGGAGGGCAGGGUGAAGUCGCUGCUGUUCAGCCUCGGCAGCGCGAUCGACCUGCGCAAGCUGGACUCGCCGUUCAGGACCCUGGGCGUGGAAAUCCAGUUUUCAUCAUGA